GGAAGCUCAGCCCCUUUGCUGAAGGAGGCAGAAUGCAGGCUUCCUGCCUUCAGAAGGACUCAGCUCCCAGCAGCGGCCCCUGCUCAGACCAGCCCAGACCAGCCCUGUAUCCCAGAAGGGGCAGGAACAAGGUGGAAAACUCAGCGUCCAGGAUGUUCCCCAUAUCCGGGGUCUUGAAAGAGACUCUUCUCCAUCACUUCACAUGCCGGAAGCUGGAGAUCGCCUAUGCCAUAAACAAGUCAUUCCCCUUCUUUGAAUCCCUCCGAGACCGAGACCUCAUCUCUGAGAAAAUGUACCGGGAAUCUCUGGAAGCCUGUGGGAAUCUGGUCCCCCUGACCAGAGUGGUGUACCGCAUUCUCACUGAACUGGAGAAGACCUUCAACCUGUCCACUCUGCAGGUGCUAUUUAGCCAGGCGAACCUGAGCCAAUACCCCCAGCUGAUGACGACAUUCAAGAGCUUCAAAAAUGUUGUCACUUCCUAUGGAGGCUGGAGCAGACCUACUGCAACCCUUGUUGAAAUCACUGUUGAUCCAGCAGAGGGGCAGUCCCUCCAGAUGCCACUGCCACUACCCCCACCCCAAUACCCUGUACCUAGCACCCCUCCCCAUGUGCCUAGUGAGCCUGGAGCAGCUACAAAUCACAGCACUGAGAUCCUGGACCAGCCUCCCAGCCCAGAUGCUCCUGCUGAUGAUCUUUCCAGAAUCAACCAGGAAGGAAGUCUCCCUGUAGAUGAAUUAACAUCUCAAAUCAGUGAAGAGUCACAAGACAUGCCUGAAGUGCCCCCUAUCCUUGCGAAAGGAAAGAAAAGAAAAAGAAGUAUCUGGUCAACUCCAAAAAGAAGACAAAGGAAAAAAUAUCCCUCAAGAGGGGCAACCUCACCUACCCAUGGACUCCAAGAGAAGAAACAAGUGGUGGAUUGGACAACGAAAAGGAAGGCUGAUGCCACGGGGGAGUCAAAUGUCAAGACAAGAACCCAGGAAGCCAGGACUGGAUAUGCUCAAAGCACUGGGCCAGAGGAUAAAAGAAAAAAGAAAUCCAACUGCCCAAGUCCCAAAAGGAGACAGAGCAAAAGGCUACUGAGAAAUGAAAGAAGAGAGAGCUAUGACUGCUCAAAUCCCAAAAGGAAAUCUAAAGGGGCAGCUUCUUCUGACCACAGAAUCCAAGAAAAAAAACGAAUGGUGAAUCAGACAACACAAAGGAAGACUGAUUCCAAUGGGGAAUCAAAAGUCAUGACAAGGGCCCAGAAGGCCAGGAGCGAAUGCACCCAAAGGCCUUGAGCAAAAGGCAACACCAGGAAUGGAACCCAGGCCCUCACACAAGCAAGACAUGUGCUCCACCACUGAGCCACAUCCCUGGCCACCAUCUUUCUUCGUUCAAAGCCAGAUGUACUUGGCGUGCUUUUUUCUAAAAAAUAUUAAGAAUGACCCAAAUAUUAAGUCAUUUAGACCUCGCUGUCAACACAGUUUGACCAGGGCACUGCUCAACUCUGGUUUAUAGUGGUGCUGGAGAUUGAAUCAGGCCUGACUCCCCUGGAGCCACAGGCAUCAAAGCUGUUUUGCAUAACCAUCACUAUGUUAUCUCCACAGCCACAUAUAACUCCCCCCCACCCCACCUUUUUUUUUUUUUUCUUUGCCAGAGUACUGUGCAGCUCCAGCUUAUGGUGAUGCUGGGGACUGAAUCUGGGACUUUAGACCUCAGGCAUGGAAUUCUUUUUCAUAACCAUUAUGCUAUCUCCCCUGCCCUGCCAGAAACAUGGUAUCUAUUGCAAGUACACAGGUUGCCAUUAUCAAAGGAAAACAGUCAAAUAUAUCAACAAAUGGACUGGUAUUUCUUUAAAUAAAUGCUUCAACAAAACUUUAUUUAUAGAAGUAUGCAUUGGGCUGAUUUGACCACUCUUAGCUAAUACGUACAGUAAACCCACAAGAUUUGAAUGAAAUAUAAAUUUAGUAGCAUCUAAUCUGUUUUACUUUUGCUUAGUUUAUUUUAUUUUUGGUUUUGUCAGUCAGAGCAAAGCUCAGCUCUGAUUAUUGGUGAUGCUGGGGAUUGAACUGGGGCUUCUCACAUCAAGCCCCAUGCUGAAGCUCCCCAGUCUGACACAGCACUGUUCAGUGUCUUUACUAAACUGCCUAUUGGUCAGUAUAUUUUUCAUUCAUGUGUUUUCUUUUGAGACUGACCUGCUCAUUUCACACACUUAGACAGAGGGUGAUUAAUUUUUUUGUUAAAUCAAUUAGACUAAGUAGCCUGGCCUCGUUUGAUUGUAUUUUUUUGUUCAUGUUUCUUUUAACUUAGUUUAAAAGACUUUGGGCAGUGGAGUUUGUUGUUUGUUGUUGUGGUUUGCCUGCUCUACCACUGAACUAUUCCCUUUUUUUGUUUUGUUUUUUAGAUAGAUAAAUCAGUUCCAUCUUCCACCACUGUGGUUUAUGCCAGAGUUUCUCAGCCUUGAGACAAUUGACAUUUGGGGCUGGGUAAUUUUCCAGAGGAACUGGUUAACCUGUGCAUCCUAGAGUAAUUAGCAACAUCUCUGGCCUCUGCCAGUAAAUGCCAGUAGCACCUAUGCCCUCCCACUUCAGUUUCACACACACACACACACACACACACACACACACACACACAGCAUCCCCAGAAUUGUAACUACUGCUGGGGAACAGCAAAGCUCCCCCAGCAUUGAGAAUUACUGCUCUGUGCCCUGCAACUCCUUCCUCUGAAGCCCUUUAUAUGUAAAACUUACAAGCCUGCAUCCUUUAGUUACUGCUAGGCCUUGUAUUAAAUAUACACAGUACCAUAUGCUACAGAUUAUAUGUGUAUAUUGUUUUUGUGGAGCACAGACAUUUGGACAAUAUUAAUUUUUCCAGUCCAUGAACCUAAAACACCUUUUCAUUUAUUUCAUGUUUUCUGAAAUUAAUUUCACCAUUACUUUAUAUUUUUCAUGUACAAGUCUGUCACUCCUUUGCUUAAAUUUAUUCCAACUAUGUUGAUUUUAUGCAACUAUAAGUGAGAUUAUUUUUUUUAAUUUCUUUAUUGGGGAAUUAAUGUUUUACAUUCAACAGUAAAUACAAUAGUUUGUACAUGUAUAACAUUUCCCAGUUUUCCAUAUAACAAUACAACCCCCACUAGGUCUUCUGUCAUCCUUUUUGGACCUGUAUGAGAUUAUUUCUUAAUUUCUGCUUAAGGUAAUUUCUUAUUUGUGAAUAAAAACGCCAUAGAUUUUUGUAUAAUUAGCUUUAUAACCUGCAAUUUUUCAGAUUUAAUUUACUAUUUUAACAGUUUUUAUGGCAUCUUAGGGCCUUUCUAUAUAUUAAUUUAUAUAUUAAUUACAUAUUAACUAAUUUCUUUAUAUAUCAAUUCUCAAAAUAAACGAUUUUAAGCAGCUCACUUCUGUAAUAUUUUGUCUACUUAUCUAAUAACAUGAGGUUGCCAGUUUUCUCGAUCAGUAAUGUUCUUCCCAUAAGAACGCAGACUAUAUGUCUCCAAACAGGUAGAAUAGUAAUAAUAACCAAAGGAGCUCACAUAUAAAGCAUACAGAUCUGGGGAUGGGUGGUAGCCCACCUGGUUGAGCACAUGUUAUGAUGAGCAAGGACCUGGGUUCUGUCCCCAGUCCUCACCUGAAAGGGGGAAGCUUCAUGAUUUGUGAAAUAUUGAUGUAGAUGUCUCUUUUUCUCUCUCUCCCUUUCUCUCCCUCCCCCUCUCAGUUUCUCUUUGUCCUAUCAAUUAAAUUAAAUUAAAUUAAAUUAAAAGAAACAUACAGAUCCAUGUCUCCAGCUAUAAGGAGCUAUUGAUUUUUUGUUUGUUUCAAAAAAAAAAAAAAGGUGUCUGUUUAAGUUCAAAAGAAAGUUGUUGGGAAAAUGUUUUCCUAGGGGAAGUAAGUGAGAAAUGCCCCUAAUCCCUUGCCUGCUAAGAGACUGCUCCAUCCCCCCCUUCCCACUGUCCUCUGAGCCUGGGGUAUCUUCCACCUGUCUUCUUUUCUACCCCACCACGCACCCCCACCCCAACAGGGUAUACCACACAGGACACACGACAGGGUGGAUCCCUACACCGUUACCUCCUCUUGAACUGGGAAAGAUUCUUCAGCACAGAAUUUCAUAAAGACCCAAGCAUAACCAUGAGAGAAGGACCAAAUCCCUAAGUCAGGAUCUAACAAAGGUUUACAACCCAGGGAUCCAGGACAUAAUG